AUGGCGAGCACCGAGGUGUCCAACCCGCCGUCGUCGAAGCGGCUGUCCCCGAAGGGGAGCUUCAGGCUCAGUCUGCCAGGCCUUCUUGCCUGCGGCCAGUGCAAGGCCACCACCGUGUCGCCCCCGGACUCCCCAACCGGCCCCGGCGCAAGGUCGACACGCUCCCUAUCGUCGUCGGCGUCGUCGUCCAUGGGAACGUCGUCACGCGGGCGCGAGCGCGACCGCCAGGCGGAGCUCCGGGAGAUCUUCCGCCACUUCGACCGCGACAUGGACGGCCUGAUCUCCGGCCUGGAGCUCCGCGACUUCUUCGCGUCCAUGGGCGACGGCGGCGCGGCGGCCGCGCUGGAGCUGGACGCGGCCAGCGGCGGCGGCGGCGACCUGACGCUGGGGUUCGAGGAGUUCGCUCGGAUCGUGGAGCGGAAGGGCGGGGAGGAGGAGGAGCGGGAGGACCUGCGGCGCGCGUUCCAGGCCUUCGAGGCCGUCAAGGGCUCCGGCCGGAUCACGCCGCGCGGGCUGCAGCGCGUGCUCAGCCAGCUCGGCGAAGAUCCGUCGGUCGCCGAGUGCGAGGCCAUGAUACGCGCCUACGACGACGACGGCGACGGCGAGCUCGACUUCCACGAUUUCAACCGCAUGAUGAGCCAUGGCUAG